GUGGCGCGGCGGUGCGCGGCGGCGGCGGGCGGGCGGCGCCAUGUCGAUGGAGGACCCCUUCUUCGUGGUGAAGGGGGAGGUGCAGAAAGCUGUGAACACCGCCCAGGGGCUCUUCCAGAGGUGGACAGAGCUCUUGCAAGAUCCCUCCAUCGCCACAAGAGAAGAAAUCGACUGGACCACUAAUGAGCUCAGGAACAACCUGCGGAGCAUUGAGUGGGACCUGGAAGACUUGGAUGAAACAAUUAGCAUUGUUGAGGCAAACCCACGGAAAUUCAACCUCGAUGCGACGGAGCUGGGUAUCAGGAAAGCCUUCAUCACGAGCACACGGCAGGUGGUCAGGGAAAUGAAGGAUCAGAUGUCAAACUCCUCCGUGCAAGCCCUGGCUGAACGGAAAAACAGGCAGGCACUCCUGGGAGAAAGUGGGAGUCAGAGCUGGGGCUCUGGACCUGACAAAUACAGCCGUCUGGACCGGGAGCUGCAAUUAGCAAAUUCACACUUCAUCGAGGAGCAGCAAGCUCAACAACAGUUGAUUGUGGAGCAGCAAGAUGAGCAGUUGGAGCUGGUCUCUGGCAGCAUCGGGGUGCUGAAGAACAUGUCCCAGCGCAUCGGCGGGGAGCUGGAGGAGCAAGCAGUGAUGCUGGACGACUUCUCCCACGAGUUAGACAGCACUCAGUCGCGGCUUGAUAACGUCAUGAAGAAGCUGGCCAAAGUGUCUCACAUGACGAGCGAUCGACAGCAGUGGUGUGCAAUUAUCAUCCUCUUCGUCAUCUUGCUGGUGGUGCUCAUCCUGUUUUUCAUCCUGUGAUGGACUGAACUUCCUCGGACGCCCCCCCCUCCCCGCCCCCUCGCCCUCGUAGCACGGGGGAAAUGAAACUUUCACCGUUUCCGUCCGCCCACAGAGAUCCCCGGCAAGAAGACCCGCGCCCAGCUCUCACCAUUCUCCUCUGAGGACCACGGCUCGGCUCCGCCGGCGUCUCACCUGGCCCCGGGGAGAGGGGGCUGAGGACUGGAGCUGCCUCCUCCCUCGCUGGGGCGCGAUCUGGACCUGGAGGGGGGGAACUCGCCCCCCUGCGCUUCCACCCCGUGCAGGUAGGAGCCGGUUGCAGCGGUCCCGAGCUGCCUGCGGUCGGAUGGGGACACGGAGCAGCGAGCCCUGGGGAGGACGGGCCCGGGGAGAGCCGGGGGGGGGAGGGGGGGGGGCAAUUAAUGAAUUCACUGAGCAUUACAAACCACCUUGCCGGCCCCGCGGGUGUUUGCCAGCCAGAAGCAUUACCGGGAGGAGCGGGUGGUGGGAAACCCCACGCUGCCUUCCGUCCUCCCCCCGGGCCGCGGCGAGCCCGUGGCAGAGCCUUCCCAUCCUUCGCCCGGGCGCGGAUAGAAACCCCAGAGCUUUCAACGUGGGUUGAUGCUCUGAAAGCUGGCAAACAACCAUUCGCUGGAGAGCGAGUUUCUUAAAGCUUUUGAAAAUUGCCUCCGUCGUUAUACAAGCCUCUAAAGCUCAUUGACUGAUGCUUUCUUUGCCCUUGUAUAACUGAGUAACUGCUUCUGUUUAACAGCUGCUUCCCUUUGGCAAGUGAUUUGUCAGGUCUAAAAUAACUUAUUUUUUUUAAGGAAAAAAAAAAAAAAAACAAAACAAAACUUUAAAGAUUUUUUUGAUGACCGUUCGAGCCACGUUCUCUCUGCGGAUGUACGAUACACAUUAUCAGAGGAACGGAGCUUAAUUAUGUAUUUUAAGUGCAUAUGAACUUGUAAAUAGGAUGUCUUCAUUUUUCCCAACUGCUGUUUUUCGGACACCUCCAUUGUGAGCAACCAAAAGGCAGGAGAUUCAAAGCUACGUCGCAUUUCUGUAUUACGUCCCAGCCCUUUUGUUACCUUUGAGUUGUUUGUCACUCGGGUUGCCUCAGCAGUGUCAGGUAGCCUAAUCGUCUCCCUUGUAAUCAGGAGUUAGUCGGGUGGUCGAUACCAAAAUGUGGUGAAGAAAGCCCACCUUGGCAGUUAACCCUGGGGAGAAAUGUGGUGGUGGUGGUGGGGGGGGGUUUGCGCCGCAAACACCGAUUGCAGGAUAUGGGGUGACUCUUCAGGAAAGCAAAACCAGUUUCUUACUAAAGUCUGCUCCCGUAAUUUAAGUUGCAAACACUGAAAGACUGGGGCCGGGCUGGCUUACGCCUCCCAUCUGGGUCUCAGAUGGGGCCGGGGGAGGAUGUUAAUCGGUGCUGACGCUAAGACUUCCGCUGAAAUGGCAAAUCACCCCUGAAAAUCAGCCUCCCUGAGCGGGAAGCUCACCACCAGACGGCUUUACCUCCGGGGUGCUGAGCCCGGACUGAACACUCCACCCCGCCGGGGCUGUGGCUCCCUUCGAGCAGCGGUGUGACACUCCCCGUCCCCCCCCCCUGCAGACACCGUGCCUUCCGAGGCGGGGGCGAGCCCCGAGCUGCCCCGCAGCCUCCGCUCGCUCGGGUGCUCUCAUCGUUAACGCACACGCGCCCUUAAGCGCCAACCCUCACUAAUUAUUUCAGCAGUUGCUCUUCAUCCUCGCAGAGCACCUCGGGUUUUGGUUUGGCAAGAAAUAACGCGGUGGCUCCUUUCCGGGGCUGGCUACCGGAGGGUCUCCUUGGGCUCAAUGCCUCUCCAAGAGCAGGUUCCAGGGAGCGGGGCUCGCCGGUAUUUGCACACCUCCAAUCCCCACGUUAUUUCCAGCGUGGUCGUGGACCCUCCGGGACCCCACUCCUUCAUUCACCCCGCGUCCUGCCGGAGGGCGACCUCACCGCAAGCCACCACCCUGGCUUCGGUCCCUUCGCCUGUGUACAAUUUUUUUUUUUUUUUCCUGGUGUUGGUGGUGCCCUUCCCUUUAACACUAAAUAAAGGCAUUGCUGCUGCCCAGCGCGGCGCAGCAGAGAUCA